AUGAGGCAAAUAAGAUUUUGGAUUUUUUUCGAAAAAUAAUUACUGUUAGAGACACAUCAUAGGAGCUGUAAAAUGAACUCCUUAAGUGCACCAAUUCCAUGCAAAUUUUACACUAAGGAACCAAAUCUUAGAAGAGGAAGAAGAAGCAGCAGCAUUAUAUUUUCUUCUACAUCCUCCACUACAAGCACAACCAGCAUUAAACCCUCAAAAGAUAAGUCUUACACUGUUAGUUUCAAGACACAAAGGGCUUGCAAGCUUGGCAUUUCAAGGUACCCUGAUUUCGAAUAUGAUGCACAAGGUGGAAUUGGAACUGGUUCUGUUGCAAAGAUGGCCACAGAUAACAUUAAUGAGCUUCUUGUUUCAUUUGACCUUGAGACACUCUAUAUUCCACCAAUAACUAAUUCUACAACCAAGUUUCUGGGGUUGCCACUGCCCCCAUUCUUGAAGAUUGAUAUAGUCCCAGAAGCAUUCCAAGGAACCAUUAACCAAGACUCUGGCAAGGUUGAUUUUGAAUUCAAGGCCAAGUUCUUGUUUUCUGCUGGGAGUAUCUACAAGGCUCCACCACUAAUGGUGAAGACAGUGUUGACAUCUGAAGAAUCAAAGGGUGAUAUGAAAAAUGGAAGAGGGAAGAGAUUGGAUGAAGAGGGGAAUUGCAGGCUGGUUGGUGUGGCAAAAGUUGAUCCAAUUGAUGAUUUUCUCAUGAAUUCCUUCCUUACCCUUCCAACUGAGUGUCUUGCUGAACUCAAUGCUGUGAUCUCAAUUUUUGUCUCACCUUAAAGAAGAGAUCAUCAUCACACUUUGGACAUUGUUGAAACCUAUUUCAAUUCAUUUCAUAAUCCAAGUCGGAAAUAUUGAGUAAAGGAUUCAGUGAAUACACAAGUUAAAUUCGGACUAAUUUAUUCAUUUUAGAGCUUACUGUUCUGUAUCACAUUUCAUGUAUAGCAACAAGCCAACAAUGCUGAAGCCUAUUAUAGUGCAUUACAAUAUAAUAGACCCCAUCUUAUUUGUAUUUUGUAUGACAAAUUGGUAACUGUAUAGUUGUUAGUGUAAUGUUAUCGGUUUUUACUUUGUAUUUAUAUUUGUAUUUCUCUG